UCCGCCCCUCGGGAUCCCCGAUGUAUUAAUAGUCCACCCCCUAGGGAUCCCCGGUGUAUUAAUAGUCCACCCCCUAGGGAUUCCAGGUGUAUUAAUAGUCCACCCCCUAGGGAUUCCAGGUGUAUUAAUAGUCCACCCCCUAGGGAUUCCAGGUGUAUUAAUAGUCCACCCCCUCGGGAUUCCAGGUGUAUUAAUAGUCCACCCCCUUGGGACCCAGGUGUAUUAAUAGUCCGCCCCUCAGGAUCCCAGGUGUAUUGA